UUGGCGAUGCUGGUGUCACUUCUGACGCUGUCGCGAUGUCCUCUGCCUGCUAAACCUCUGGCAGACUUUUGACCGAAAAUGGAUUCAAAUCCAGCCGUUUCUUUGUCAUUUCUGUACCGAAACGAUCCAGUUUACUCACUGUGCGCGUCAGAUUUAAUGACUGCCUCCCAGACCGUCAACAAUAACUUCAUCAAAGAACACAGACUUCUCAUGAAGACAUUGAGGCAGCUGGAGCGCGAGCGUGUGUCGUUGAAGAGGCGCCUGGAGGAGGAGAAGAGGCAGUUUGCUUUCCUCAUGGCCAGGCGACUUCGCCCGCGCCACAUCCAGGCGUCGUCAGCCAGCAGCUCCGUGCCCUCGGCCAGCAGAGUGUCGUCAUGCCGUUACGCCAGGUGCACCCGCUCUGCCCCGCCAGCCCUGCUCACAGCACAGAGGCGAGGGGACAGGGGGGCGGGGAGCAGGGAGACGGGGUACGCUGCCCAUGGCCAACAGGGGGACACGAUGACACAUUUAUGCCACCGCACCAGAUCCCUCUACUUGGCUCCAGAAAAGGAAGACACACCAAAGGCGACCCGAGGAGUGAGCGGAGGUGGCAGCAGUUCUGAGCGAAAGACCCGGUGCGAGAGCAGGCAGCCAAGGGCACACACUGCCAGGAGCUGCCCUCCGUGUUCACGGAAGACGACAGAACACAUGAAGGCUGUAUGGAAAUGAGCAAAACAUACAGGCACUGUGCAGAGGAGAGCAGUGCACACAGACACCGUGAUGCAAGAGAGCGGAACAUAAAGACAUCAUCUCUUGGGACAUCUUUCUUUCCCCAGUGCACUUAAAUAUUUGGACAUUCUCUUAUGUGGCUUUGCUCUCCCAGGAGUGUUGGUGAAAAGGGUAACAUGCAAUUUUUUUAAACACUAGAGGUCGCCACUCAUCACUGAAUGUAAAUCAAAACAAUGUUGUAUGAAAGAGAUUGAGAGUACAGUAUUUUUAAAUGCCUUUUCAAUUCCAUUGGUCUUUGUAUGGACAAUUUUGGGAUGGAAAAACUAUUAACUGCCUAUGUCCUGUAAACACCUAAUGGAUGCGUGUAGGGUAGCAAUGAGUCAGGGAGAUACUGCCAGCACUCGACGCCAUUAAACCCAAGAUGUUGCAGAAAUGAACAGCAGAGUUGCCGUCAUCAGUCGAAUGUAAGUAUUUUGAUUUAAGUGGGUGGAAAUAAUAGGACGCUGAUACAAUCGUGGCUGUAAUGUAGCUUGACAAAAAUACAGUACAAAAAGAUUUGGUUGCAUUUCGCAUUAUAGUUUCCACUACCAAUUUAACUCAUUAACUAUUUCAGGUAACACUUAAGAAUAACAGUCCCUUAAAAAGCUUAAUUAACACUUUAUUAACAGUCAUUAAUGAACUAUUAAUGAGCAUUUACAAAUGUCUGUAAAUCAGUAAGAACCAACCUACGGCUACACAGUGGAGUAGGAAUCGGCUCACUAUUGGUGUGUCUUUGCCUAUCUGACAUUUCUUGUGGUUCCGUCUCUUUUGCUCUUUAGAACAGUGUUUCCUAACCAGGGGUACGUGUACAACUAGGGUUAUGCGAGCACCCUGGAGGGGGUACUUGGCAAAAUGCAAUAAUAGAAAAUGUAUUGGGCACAGUCACAUUUAGAUAGAGGAAGAGAUACAGCAUUGACCAUAAAUGAGGUGGUACUCAUGGCACAACAAAAAGGCUUAGGGGGUACGUGAGACGAAAAAAGUUGGGAAACACUGCUUUAGAAGACAAAUUUCCAGGACUGUUGCAGCUGUGCAUACUGAUGUGUUAACAAAGUAUGUCUUACUCCUUUACAAACAUUUGUAAAUAUGUUGUUGAUAAUUAGUUAAUUCCUUACAAAGUGUUUAGAAAGCUUUUUAAAGACUGGUAAUACUUUAUUUCAAUUCAACAUGUCUUUUUUUUUAGAAAGACUGACAGUUGAAUUGGCUCUCCUCACAUCUCAGGUUGGUAAUGGCAUAUUGGUAGAUAUAGAGUAUCCGUCAUAAGUUAACAGUAACAAAUGCCUACUUAAAUA